AUGUCACCCUACCUAAAGAUAUAUGAUGGUACUACCGAUCCAGAGGAUCAUAUCAUCAAUUACGUUAUAGCCGUGAAAGGUAACGAUCUUUCAAUAGAGAAGGUACCAUCGGUGCUAUGGAAAAAAUUUGGCGAAACCCUAACAGGGGGAGCCUUGACAUGGUACUCUCAGCUACCGGCACGCUCGAUAGCAACAUUCGAGGAAAUGGUAGAUAAAUUUGUUACCGCCCAUGCAGAAGCCAAAAAGGUAGAAGUUAGGGUAAAUGAUAUAUUUACCGUAAGGCAAAUGCACAAUGAGGGACUCAGAGACUUCUUAGCUCGGUUUAACAGGGUGAGAAUGAGCCUGCCGAAUGUGUCGCUCAAGAAAUACCCUCCAACUACUUGGGAAGAAAUCCACAAUGCUUAUUGUGCCGAGAUACGAGCUGACAAGGACGACCUCAAUGGGCUGACCCAACGGUUGACGUCACUUCAAGCUGAAGCAAGGAAAGAUCGCCGCAACGAUGGUAGAAGAGAUCAGUUGGGGCCCCGCCUCGACCAAGAAAGGCAUCAGCCUUACAUCAGGAUGUCUGCCCCAUCCCCACCACGACACACAGAUGCUCCCCCCGACAUACAGCAUCAUAUCGACACGAGAAAGGGACACCUGAAAGAAUUGCUAAGCGAUCGAGGACGGGCUAACUUCGCCCGCAGAUGCGAACAACCCCAGGGACCUCCAAAACUACCUUCUCCCACUCGCACUAUACAGAUGAUCAUCGGCGGAGUCGAUGGCGUAGCAAUCAAUCAUGUCAAAUUCACCACCACACAUAAACUCAAACGACCAAUCACCCACGAACGAUAUGAUGACCUCGAAGACAGUAUCAUCUUCGAUAAGUUAGAUGCCGGCGAUUUGUCUUUCCCUCACUAUGAUGCUCUUGUUAUCACUUUACGUAUCACAGAUACUGAUGUAAAAAUAAUAAUGGUAGACGAUGGGAGUGACGCUUGUAUUAUCCAUCCUCGAGUCCUCGUGCAGAUGAGACUCAAAGAUAAAAUAAUAUUGCAUUGUAUAACGCUAAUAGGUUUUAAUAAUGCAGUUGAACGGACUUCUAGAGAGAUAGUGCUACUCGUCCUAGCCAGAGGAGUCACCCUGGAAACAAUAUUUCAUGUCAUGAACCAGGAAACGACGUACAACGCCAUCAUAGGACGCUCAUGGAUACAUGCCAUGAGAGCGGUCUCUUCCAGUCUCUAUCAAGUGAUCAAGUUUCCAACCCCAUGGGGAAUAUUCAGCAUUCAAGGGGAGAAGCGCACCGCACAAGAAUGUUAUCGCAUCGCCCAAGAUUGUGCACACACCCAACAACUCAAAGGAGUGGGUGCGUAA